UGAAAAUAGUUCAGUAAAUGCAGGUGAUGACCUUAGACGCCUCGCCCCCUCCAUCGUCGUCGUCAGUGAGUCAGAUCGUGUCAAAUCGAGUGGCCUCUGGUGGAGAGAUAGUCACCUAUUCGUCCCGUGCACCGGUCCAUAUCAGUACCAGUGAAGCGUUCAUGAUGGAUUGCAGUCCUGUGUGAAGAGUCAAGGGCAGCCGACAGAGGGUGUCGGCAGUUCUGGGAUGCUGGCGAAACGACCAGACGUGAAGUAGUUGCACAGGCUGAAGAACCUGUUCAGAUGUUGAGUUACGGUAUUUCCUUUUUCUUUUGCGCAGAUCUGAUCUGAUAUUGGCGUGUUGGCGUGUUGGCCUUAGCUGUAUUUUAGCUGAGUUUUUAGCUGAGUUGGAACUAUGGACUUCAAAGAGUUGCUACCCCGGUAUCCUGCGGGCGAUAUAUAUGCUCGACACCAAGUGAGGGAAUGGUUCGGCUUCCCCGAGAAGCGCAUCGUUAGUGAUUGGGUGUGGUGCACGCCCGGGAGAAGAACCCGUACCAAAUCCGCACCAUCUCUCCGUGACCUCUCCGACGACCUCCGUCUGUCCGACGAGGAGGAUAUAGACCAGGGUUAUUGCUCAAGGGGGUCUACAUCCUGGAAGAAGGGGGAAUUUGAAGUGCUGGUAUUGCCACAACCACAGACAACCAGAACACCAGCGAUCCCAAAGCCCAGGUGGACGCGGUCAAACCCAUUCAUUGAGGACAUUCGGCCAGUAGUGCCGGGACCACGGAGGCCGGAGGUCACACCCAGACGGGGUAGGAGGAAGGCGUCCCCAAAUCUGAAUUCUGAGCAAAUGCACGAAGCCAAGAGGCGAAAAGUAGGCGACACAAGAAAGGAGUCCCUACAGAAGAGGCAGGAGGCGAUGGUCCGUAGUCAAAAAGAUGGUUGUAAAACAUUCAUCCUAAAUAAGGACACGUCUGAUAGGCCAGAUCCGUUUAGAAGACCAGCCAGCGCCGAUGCCAUCCUGUCCAUGCCUGGACCUUCCCGCCUCCCGCAAGACGUGACGUCAGCCCAACCUCUCCAGCCUGCACAACCUUGA